AUGAAAACCAUUGUGCUGUUGGUGCUGUGGGUGCUGGGAACAUCAGUGGCGUUGCCAGACCCUGACACAGCCGGAGAGAAGGGGACUGAAGAGCCUGUUCCAUGCUCCAAGGAAUGCACCUGUCUCUAUGAGGACUACAGCUUGGAACUCAGCAUGUACUGCAGUGCUCGUAACCUCACACAAAUUCCGUCUGACAUGCCAACAUCCACUCAUUCUCUCUGGCUGGAUGGAAACUUAUUUUCCUCACUCCCUGCAGCGUCUUUUAGGGAUCUCGCCAAUCUAGACUUUCUGAAUCUACAGAGUGGCCAGCUGGUAACACUUGAUCCUCAGGCUCUUAAAGGACUUAGGUCACUAGCACAUAUUCACCUUGAGCGAAAUAGGAUCCGUGCAUUACCGAGUGUAAUCUUCCACAAUACACCUAACCUUGCUUCACUCAGUCUGCACAACAACCAGCUUACUCGUAUAGAGGAAAGACUUUUUGCAGGACUCUCACACAUGUGGCUUCUCAACCUAGGGUGGAACUCAAUAGCAGUUUUACCCGAAACAGUUUUCCAUGACCUGCAAGGUCUACGAGAGCUUGUCCUCGCAGGGAACAGACUCGCUUAUUUGCAGCCACAGCUCUUCCAAAAUCUUGCCGAGCUUAAAGAGUUGGAUUUAACUGGAAAUUAUCUCAAGGUCAUUAAGGCCAAUGUUUUUGUUAAACUCACUAAGCUGCAAAAGCUUUAUCUUGCCCAGAAUCACAUAGUGACAGUGGUACCCAGAGCCUUUUUAGGUAUGAAGUCACUCAGAUGGUUGGAUCUCACUAACAACAGGCUGAUUUCUCUGCAUGAUGACACUUUCCUGGGCCUGCACAGUCUUCAUGUACUACGUCUCUCAAACAACUCUCUCACUGGAAUUAGGCCCAGGACGUUCCGUGACUUGCAGUACUUAGAAGAACUACGACUCAGUUACAAUAAGAUCCGAUCCCUGGGGGAGAGGAUCUUUGAAGGGCUUGCUCAUCUGGAGGUCUUAGAGCUAGAGCACAACCAAGUACAGGAGGCACAAGUGGGUUGUUUCACAGGCCUCUCUCAUGUGGCUGUCAUCAACCUGUCUGGAAGCUGCUUCCAGAGUCUACCAGACCAGGUGUUCAAAGGACUGUCAAAGCUUCACAGCCUUCAUCUGGACAGAGGUUGCCUAACAAGAAUCACAGCUCAAGCUUUCACUGGACUCUCUGGUCUACGGAGGCUUUUCUUGCAGCACAACAACAUCUCUGUGGUGGAACGCCAGAGCUUUGCGGAUCUGGUGAGCCUACUGGGACUGGACUUGAGUUUCAACAAGCUGGAGGUUCUCACAGCCAACACUUUCUCUGGCCUCAAGAAUCUGGAGUACCUUCUAUUGUCCAACAGUGAAUGUCGACAGUUUUCGCUGAAUGGCACAAAACAGCUACUUCCAAGGCUGCGCUAUCUAGACCUGAGAGCUAAUGCCUUGCCAAGCAUGGUCCCCGAUUUCCCAGAUAAUAUGGAAAAACUUCUGCUGUCUGGAAACCAGUGGAAUUGUGACUGCAGCACCCUCCCACUCAGACAUUACAGCUUGAGGAAUCCAUUGGUGAUCCCUCGGCAAGUGGAGACCCACGCAGAGGGUGAAGAGCCUGACACGACUAUCACCAUAUACAACAACAUUACAUGCAUCAGCCCACAACAUCUAGCUGGUCAGGACCUACGAGAUAUUGACAAUGAAUCCUUCCAAAGCUGCUAA